UACUUCCGGUUCAGGUCAUUGUAUUUUCGUCACGAGUUUGUUUUGGUCCUGAAGUUGAAGCCUAUGCUGUAUCAGGCGUAACGGUACAAAUCAGGCCAGCAUACCGGCGUAGAUAUCGUCGUAAAGCAUCUUUGAGGAUAUGUUCAUUGCCCAUUUGUUCAGAGCCAUGGGGGUGAAAAAUUUGCUUUAACAAACAUUAAUUAAACCAUGAAUCGAUUGCCACCUACCAGUGUCACAAUGGCAUCUGAAUCAAAGGUCAGUGAAAAGAGGGAAAUUAUUCAUGCGUCUGAAUCCUCCACAGCCACUGUUAAAAUAAGUGGAGGCAGAAUAACCAAAUUUUCUGGAUUCGAAUCAGAUUCUGAAGAAGAGGAACAAAUAAACCAUAUUGAUGCUGAUAGCCCAAUACGAAAUGUGACCUUGACCUCAAAAGACAAGAUAGAUGAUCAUGAUGAUCAUUUACAAACCAUGGACAUUCCAAGCUCCAGAGUUUAUCGGAAACGUAGCGAAGCUUUCAGCGAAAGUUUACCUGAUUUUGUAAGCGUUCAAGGACGAAUGGGGUCAAGGUUUGGUUCUAGGUCAUCUGAAGGUGAAACGCCGAAAAGACAUGUUCAUGAAAAUCAGGACAGAACAUCUGAAUCUAGUUCCAGUAGCUCUCCUCAAAAAGACGGCUCAUUUCCCCGUGAGAGGUUUAAUCCCUUCAAUAAAGACAUUCAUAUUGAUGAUGAUCAUUUCUCUGAUUCCGCACCAAACUAUUUUCAUCGACAAGGAACACAAUCAUCGGAUAGCAACAAGUCAGGGUCAGGAGCUAGUGACACAUGGACGGACAUCGGAGGAGGGGUGAUGUCGGGGACGUCCGACACCGACGACGUCACAUACGCUGAUCUUGGCCUUGCAGAGGACCACUUCUCUCAACCUGAGGGCCACUUUGGUUUAAGCAGCAGUGAGGAGCUGGACCUGGCUAUAGAGAACUGUGUGGAACUCAUCAGGUUGGCGCCGCACAACUCUGACAAACAGAAGAACCUCAUCCGGAAACUGGUGCAGCUGAGGAUGAAGAAACAAGAACUGAAAGAGGGUUCAGAGCCUGUCUCCCCGGAUGUGAAGGUUGUGGUCGGACACAAGUUCCGAGAGAAGACAAGUCGGAGCUCCAAACACUACUGUGAGAAGUGUAACGCCGUCAUCUGGGGAAUGGUCCAGGCAUGGUAUAAAUGUAUAGACUGCGGCUACAGCUGCCAUGCCAAGUGCCUCAUCCUCAUCACCAGGACAUGUGCAAAACAGCGGGUGCUGGAGAACCCGUCCUACUGUCUGUCCAUCUGCCCCCAGAAGGGCCUGGCCUCACAGAACUACCGAUGUGCCGAGUGCAAGUCUUCCUUGUCAUUCAAGUCAGGAGCUGCGGAGCCUCGGCUGUGUGAUUACAGCGGCAACUACUACUGCGAGCUGUGUCACUGGAACGACCAGAUGACCAUACCAGGCCGGGUGCUUCACAACUGGGACUUCCUGCCUCGUAAGGUGUGUCGGGCGUCCAAGCAGUACCUGAAGCUGAUGGCCAGCAAGGCUGCGAUCCGCAUCCAGGACAUCAACCCAAUGCUGUUCAACUUCGUGGAGGAACUCAGUGAAAUCAAGAAGCUGCGAGAGGAGAUGCUGGUGAUGAAGAAGUACAUCCUGCUGUGUCCCAGCGCCAUGAAGUCCAAGCUGCUGCUGCUUGUGCAGACUCGGCAGCACUUCGUAGAGAGCUCCGACAUCUACAGCAUGAAGGACCUGAUGGACAUCCAGACAGACACGCUGCUGUCGGAACUAGCCCAGGUCCACUCGGCAUGGGCACAGCACAUCAAGACAGACUGUGAGGUAAGACCUGUGGACAGACAGACAGACAGACAGACAGACAGGCUGCUGUUGGAACUAGCCCAGGUCCACAUGGCAUGGGCACAGCACAUCAAGACAGACUUUGAGGUAAGACCUGUGGACAGACAGACAGACAGACAGACAGACAGACACGCUGCUGUCAGAACUAGCCCAGGUCCACAUGGCAUGGGCACAGCACAUCAAGACAGACUGUGGGGUAAGACCUGUGGACAGACAGACAGACAGACAGACAUGCUGCUGUCGGAACUAGCCCAGGUCCACUCGGCAUGGGCACAGCACAGCACAUCAAGACAGACUGUGAGCUGUGCCAGGCUCGAGGCUUCUUCUGUGAGAUGUGCGAGGAAAAGGAGGUGCUGUUUCCGUUCGAUAACAUCGCCGUGGUCUGUUCCCAGUGCUCCAAUGUCAUACACAGGCACUGUUUUGACAAACAAGGUCAAUGUCCACGAUGUCAGAGGAGAGACAGACGGAAGGUCAACUGACCUCAUCCAGUGACCUUUGACCUGUCUUUUUUGAGGAAAUCAACAGUAACAUGAACACAAGGUGAGCUGACCUCAUCCAGUGUCCACUGACCGGUCAAUGUCCACGAUGUCAGCGUGACAGACGGGAGUUCAACUGACCUCAUCCAGUGUCCACUGACCGGUCAAUGUCCACGAUGUCAGAGGAGAGACAGAAGGAAGGUCAACUGACCUCAUCCAGUGACCUUUGACCGGUCAAUGUCCACGAUGUCAGCGUAGAGACAGACAGAAGGUCAACUGACCUCAUCCAGUGACCUUUGACCGGUCAAUGUCCACGAUGUCAGCAGAGAGACAGACAGAAGGUCAACUGACCUCAUCCAGUGUCCACUGACUGGUCAAUGUCCACGAUGUCAGCGGAGAGACAGAAGGAAGGUCAACUGACCUCAUCCAGUGUCCACUGACCGGUCAAUGUCCACGAUGUCAGCAGAGAGACAGACAGGUCAACUGACCUCAUCCAGUGUCCACUGACCGGUCAAUGUCCACGAUGUCAGCGGAGAGACAGACAGAAGGUCAACUGACCUCAUCCAGUGACCAUUGACCGGUCAAUGUCCACGAUGUCAGCGGAGAGACAGACAGAAGGUCAACUGACCUCAUCCAGUGACCAUUGACCGGUCAAUGUCCACUAUGUCAGCGGAGAGACAGACAGAAGGUCAACUGACCUCAUCCAGUGUCCACUGACCGGUCAAUGUCCACGAUGUCAGCGGAGAGACAGACAGAAGGUCAACUGACCUCAUCCAGUGUCCACUGACCGGUCGAUGUCCAC